GGACCUCGCGGUAAUCCAUCCCGUGGGGCCGAAAAGACAACGAAGAGCAACCUGGAAGAAAACAAGCAAGACACAGCACUAGCUUGACGGCGGUUGCCCAGGGAGGUGCGAACUGACAGCUGGUUCGAAAAGCUGUCGCUACCCCGCUAUUCAGUGCACAUUUCCCGUUCACAGAGCAUGCACGAUGCCUGGUCAUCCCGCGCCGGCCUCAUUUUCUUAACGGCCGUGAUUAUUUUGAUUCUCUUGGCAUACUCGCCUCGACAAACUGGGUCUGUCUGGAUGCCAGGAUGUACCGGGGAGUGGGUGAAGCUCGAUUUGCUCGUGCGCAUAUCUUGCUCUCUACGGAGUACGCUGAGUCUACACGACACCCACCCUGCGUGUUGUACGAUGGGCAUGGUGGUGGUGCUGACCUUGACUACGAUCGGGUCAAUCCGACAUCGCAGGACAAGUCGAUGGAGCAACUACUGCAAGCGUUGCAGUUUGAUACCAACCAUGAAGACUUGUCUGGCUGAAAUUAAUCCCGACGAAAGUACAUCUCCCUGGACUGGGCAUCCAGACACAAGACAGAAGCGACGAUCGAUCGUUGCUACCUCGAACAAGACGACCAAAACCCCGCCGAGAGUGGAUCCGGAUUCAUUUGAAUCGUGGAUGCCCCUUGCUUAUUUCGUCGUCCCGUAGACAUCAUAGGACAGAGGAGGCUGUAAACUGCGUAGACUGUCUAGCAUGAGCGAGCGAAAAGAGGCU